UCCUAGUCGACAUAACGUUGCGCAGAUUUGAGCAAUUUCAACAAUCUUUUCUAGAAAUACUAGCAAUGCUGAGCAUAAUUUGGAUAGUUCUCGUUACGGUUCCCGUAAGCUCAGAUGCGGUUAAUGAUGAGGCUAUACUAAUAGGGAAACUACUAGAUAACUACAAUCAGCCAACUGCGAGGCCCGUCUUAAAUUACUCUGAUGUUAUCGUCGUAACAUAUCGUUACUUUCUUACACGUGUCGUUGAAUUGGACGAAAGACGUCAAUUUUUAACAGUUAAAGGGCGGAUGUUUAUGACUUGGCAAGAUCAACUUAUGGUAUGGAACGCCUCAGAGUAUGGUGGAAUAGACACAAUUAAAGUUCCCCAAUACUCAAUCUGGAUGCCAGACAUAACACACUAUAACAACAUGGACGUUGGUUUCGAACGCACCAAGACGAAUAUUCCAUUAUCCAUUACUUCAGAUGGUUUUGUUACUAUGGCAACACCGGCCAUUUAUACCACGUUCUGCAAAAUGAAUGUGAAGUAUUUUCCAUUCGACAAGCAAGUUUGUAAUUUUAAGCUUGGAUCUUGGACUUACGGGAGGCACCAGGUUGACUUGAAGAUUUUAGAUGGUGCCGAGGCCAACCAGGACUACUUCUUCGAGAAUGGUGUUUGGGGCCUAGAUUUUGUCUAUUUUAAAAAGAACGUUGUUCAUUACCCUUGGUGUCGACAUCAACACGUUCAUAUUACAAUGACAAUUGGUUUAAACCGUCACUCUGUAUUCUAUGUCGGAAAUAUUCUAGCACCUUCUAUUUUGCUUUCAUUUCUAGCAGCAUUUGUAUUCUUCUUACCGCCAGAAUGUGGGGAGAAAAUUUCGUUUUCCAUCACAAAUUUGCUUGCAAUUGUGUUGUUCCAACAACUGAUCGCCGAGACAUUACCCCCAUCUGACGAAACCCCUUAUCUUGCAAAUUUCAUUACAUUAAUAAUCUCUCUUGGAUGCAUCUCAGUUGUUGCAACAUCGGUUAUUUUAAAGCUUCACUUCGGACGACACAGCAAGCCUCUGAAUGGAUCCAUUCACAAGAUAUUCGUCAGAGGUCUAGGCUCAGCCCUUGGAGUCUGUAACGAACCGGAUGUUGACAGGCAACCUACGUAUUUGGAGCAUCUCUCGAUCAGUGCAGAUAUAGGCAACGACACAGAGUCAACGUCAACACUUCAAGCGUCAUCAGAAUUCAAGCAGAUAAUGGCAGACAUCAAAAAGCUUAGCCAGCAGAUCGAUGAACGGAAAGAAGAAGAACUAACAAAAACAUGGACAGACCUGGCGUGUGUCUUUGACAGAUUAAUGCUGAUAUUUUUCAUGCUAUUUUUUUUUAUCGCAUCCACUGUGAUAAUAAUAAUGUUACUGAAAAAUUAAAAAUCAAUCCAAUAUUAUCAACCAUGUGAAAAUAAUGCAAUGCCAUUUUAUAUGAUUAAAUAUCAACUACAACGAUGCAGGAACUAUGUGUGUUUAAGGCCAACCUUCACUCGACGCAUAAGUACUUUAUUCUACCAUGACGCAAUAAUUUGAAUAGAUGUUAAGUCUUUGA